AUGCAACUACGUUUCAACACGCCUCCAACCUCGACAGGAGGGGUUGGUAGUGCAUCACAGGCAGACGGCGUAAUGCAUGAGUUGCCUGAGUUCACUCCUUCUCAGCUGGAUCAACUUGCUCUGCUGGCUGAAUACGGGCUCGGGCCGAUGAAAGACAACCUCCGCCAGCAAUGGCUUGCGAUGGACAAGAAGCAGGCGAAGCCCCUCGUCGAAGACAUGGUCCGAACCAUGAUGGAACACGCCAACAGCCCAGCUGAGAGAUUCAAGAAAGCAUACAAGGCACAAGUCGAUAACCUCUUGUCCAACAACUGCCACCACGUCACGGAUUGGAGCUGGACAGCGCUUGAGCGUGCUCGUGACGAAAUCAUGCAGGUCGCCUUCAUCCAAGAGAACUAUGGACUGACCGCAAUGACUUCGUGGACCACUAUUGGAAUUCUUUUCUGGGCGCUGUCUUCAAGAAUGGUGACCGCGGCUGAUGCGGCAGUCGAGAAAGUGGUCGAGCAGUACGUGGAGCGGUACCACCUCCUCGACAAGAUUCCGACCGCUAUUCUGGCAUUCGAGCUCUACAAGAGAUGUCGAAGCGGCGUCUUCAUCAUUAUUGAUUGCCCCAAGGAUGUCCGUGGCCCACUGGCGAUCAAACCUGCCACGUCCACCAAGAAAUUCACGGACAAGAAAUUCAUAGAGAUCAACUGCUUGCCUCGAAUGGAGUUUUCGGCCAAGUCCAACUACAGUCUCGAACUCAUGAUCAUCGAUUCCCGAGUGAAGAGACAGGAGCACGUUAAACCUGUUCGCCUACCGCCAUACUUCCUCGACGUCGAAGAGGAAAAGGUCUGGCGCCGCGACACCGUGUUGGCUAAACACAAAGACCUUUUCAAUCAACUGGAGACCCAGAAGGAAGACGAUUCAGGACUUGCGGAGCAAGUCAAAGCUCUGGAUGGGGGAGAGAUCGCGGUCCUCCCACUUGAUGUCAAGGCUGGAAUCUCCUUCCUUGCCCAACGAUUCGGCCUUGCCGAAACAAUCGCGACACUCAAUGAAGCGACUGAUGCCAAGAUCACACACACCACCAUGGCCACUGUGAAGAGACUUAACGCUGACGCCUGGUCGGGUAAGUCGAUUCGAGGAGUUGCAGGUAUUGUCGGCACAAUGGGUUCGACUGGUGAGAAUUGCGACGUGGGCAAAAUGAUGGCCAAGAUGAGCUACAUCAGAUCUGAAGCGGCCCGUCUCAUGAAGCGCGAUAUCGAUGACCUCCGCGCCUUGAGAGAACGCCGUAUCUGA